CGCUCGAAGAAGGUGCAACUGUUUGAACUCACCUGAUGCAAUCUGUUUAGAAGUUGCGUUAUUCAAACUAUACCGUCCAAUAAUGCACAAAAUACAAAUUUUGGUUUAGAGUCUAUUGUUUUGUGUAAUAUUAAUUUAACACCAUUGGAUAUUCAAAUCAAAAUAAAAGACUAAGGACAGAGAAAGACAAGACUUAUUUUAGUUACGACUUUGUUAUCUCAGCAAAAUUCGUUUUUCAGGUUUUAUAUAGUUAUGUGCCUACAAAACUUAGUUGUAUUUCAAAUAAUGCGAAAGUCGUACAUAAUGUAUAAGUUAUCAAGUGUAAUGUCAGUAACGUAAGUUACAAAUGUAUAUGUCAAUUUAUGGCACCUAAAAACGUAUGGCCAUGUUAUAUUUAUAAUUAAUUACUAUGAUUAAGUAAUUUUAACGCGUUGACCUUUCUUUUAAAAUUUAUUAAAUAUAUUUAUAAUUGUAUAAACCAAAUUUGAAUUUUGCAAAAGUGUAUAAAGUUGUGUGGAUCCACUAAGUUCUUCGAAUCUAAGGGUUUUUUCAUGGAGUCUUUCGUAGGCCUUUCUGGCCCCUCUAACCAAGACUUGGAGUCUCCUUUAGCUAGCGAUCCAAUACCUGAUAGUUUACCACCUGAAGCAGCAGAGGGUAAUGUAGAGUACAAAUUGAAGCUUAUUAAUCCUUCCCAAAGUCGUUUAGAGCACUUGGUUACACAGAUGAAAUGGAGAUUACGAGAAGGACAAGGUGAAGCAAUAUAUGAGAUUGGAGUAGAUGAUGGUGGUACAUUGGUUGGUCUAUGUGAAUUGGAGAUGGAUGCUUCAAUGAAGACUCUGUAUCUUAUGGCUGAUAAACUGGGGGCAAGCAUUAACAUUCUACGGGAACAAAUGAUCACCGGUGAAAGUGACCUAACUCCUAGAAAAGUUACAGAGAAAAAAGAAAAUGAUGUAAGUGACAACCAAUCAAAUAGACCUUUUCAUGGACAGGUGCUGAUUAGAAAAGUUCCUGAUGAUCAACAAAGCAUAGAAAUUAGGGUUGCUGUCCUGGGUAACACAGAUGUUGGAAAAAGCACACUAUUGGGUGUACUUACUCAAGGUGAUAUGGACAAUGGUCAUGGCAGUGCCCGUUUAAAUGUAUUUCGACAUUUACAUGAGGUACGGACAGGACGUACCUCCAGUAUAAGCUGUGAAAUUCUAGGAUUCAGUUCAAGUGGCUGUCCUCUUACCUACAACACUUUUUAUACAGCUGAAGACAUUUAUGACCAUGCAACUAAGCUUAUCACUUUUAUUGACUUGGCAGGACAUCAGAAGUACAUGAGAGUAACUGUAUGUGGACUCACAGGACAUUCUCCCCAUUUUGCUCUGUUGGUGGUCAGUGCAGUAACAGGUGUUGCAGGAACAACAAAAGAGCACUUAGGACUUGCUUUGGCCUUGGGUGUGCCUAUUGUUGUAGUGGUCAAUAAAGUGGACUUGGCUAGCACAUACAUGCUUCAACAAACUCGGCAUCAAGUAGAAGAUCUUCUCAAAGGUCCGGGAUGUAAAAAGGCCUGCUUCUAUGUGGAAUGUGUUGAUGAUGCUUAUGGUGCAGUGUCAAUGCUAAUAUCGGGGAAUGUUGCUCCUGUGUUUUCCGUUUCUUGUGUCAGUGGAAUUGGAAUAGACCUUUUAUAUGCCUUUCUAAAUGUUAUACCUCCAAGCAUAAGUGUAAAAGAAAAAGAAAGGCUCAUACAGUUACCAAAUGAAUUUCAAAUUGAUGAAACUUUCAGGCUGUCAGAUGUGGGAAUUGUUGUGGGAGGUCUCUUAACCCAGGGCAUUAUAAAAGAAGGUGACAGUACUUCAGUGGGACCAUUAGAAGAUGGCUCUUUCUUUCCUGUAAAGAUUACCUCCAUUCACAGGCACAAAACACCUUGUAGAGUUGUGAGAGCUGGUGAAAGUGCAACCCUUGCACUAGCUGGAUGUCAGAACAUAAACAUCAGGAAGGGAAUGGUCCUGGCUAACUUCAAUUCCCAUCCUCCAGUGUGUCAGUUUUUUCAGGCUCAGAUCAACCUCCUAUUUCACACAGGUCUGAUAACGUCAGGCUUUCAGACAACAGUACACAUUGGAAAUGUCAGACAGACUGCCACUCUAGUUAAGAUCAUGGGAAACAAGAGCUUAGCAACUAAUGACAAGGGCACAGUUAUAUUCAGGUUUAUGAAGCAACCAGAAUGUGUGCGACCAGGUGCUCAGUUGUUGUUCCGUGAAGGUCGCACCAAAGGGAUUGGACAAGUAACCCAAGUCUUUCAAUUUUAGGAUGUGUUUUUGGUGAAAGUUAGUAGGAUGUAAAUGUGCCUAAAUACAAAAUUAAUUUAUGUUUGUUAAAGUUCAUUAUAACUUUUAAAAUGUAUACACUGUUAUUUUAGACAUUUUCUUACAUCCACAAAGAUGUAAGGAUAAAGAAUUUUAACAGACUUUUUCAACAAUUUUCUUAUUUUUAUUGGAUUUUACCUGAUUGUUUUGAAUGUUAAUUUUUUACAAAAAAAAUACAUGGAGAAAAUUAUUUAUACCAAGUAGUAUAAUGAAUAUUUUAAUCAAUUAUAUUGAAAUGUUUUAUAUUUUUUUAGAAAUUAUAUUUUUAAGGUAUUGUUGAAAUUACAUGAAAGAAUAAUUGACAUUGAUCAGUGAUAUCUCCAAGAGAUCAAAUAAGAAAUUUAAUAUUGAAGAUCUAUUCACUUAUAUUGUUAUGCAAAGGGGUUUUGGUUUUAAAAAAUACAAAGCCAGAGUUUCAAAAUGUUCAUAUUAUGUGCUAUUGAUCAUCAAAUUUUACAGUUACAUAAAGAAAAAAACAUUUUCAUGCUCAGCUGUGUUGUUUUAUUGUAUGGUUUUAGGUACCAUUUUUAAUUUAUUUUCUGAAGAAAAAGAUCAUUUCAAAAUAUAACAAUUCUUUACGUUUGUGAAAUAAAUUUUCAAUAAUCCAUGUACAUUUUGUUAUAUAUAUAUAUAUACAGAAAGAAAUUAGCCUUUGUCAGUUACUGUUAUGUAGGUCUUAGUUGUCUAGUACAUGUUUUUCUGUUUUAAAAUAUGACCAGUUAAUAGUAUUGUAGACAUUGUAAAGUAACUUGUUUAUUGUGCAAUGGAAAGGUGAGUUUUUGCUUGAGUAUGCAGUCAGUAAAUUUUGUAGGUAAGGUUUUCAGUCCUUACAAAACAUGCAAAGUUUUGGUAAGUGCCAUAAUAUGACUUCAGAUGCAAAGCCUUAUGGUAUUACUAAAUACCCACCCAUUUUUAAGGAUAUUGUUAUAAGAGGUAUAUUUAAUUAUUAUUCCAAGAUAGAAUAUGUUGUUAUUAAACAUAAAUUCUAGAAAUUUAAGACUAAGGUUGGAUCACAAUUCUUAGUAAGCAGAACUUGUUACAGUAACAGUGUUCUUAGUUACUUAAAAUGAAACAUGUAUUUCUUUUUAUCCUGUCCUAAAAGUAUCUAGUGUUGGUAUUACUAAGUGUUUGUAAAAUAAUUUUAUUGAAAUCAAUUGGCAGUAAAGACCUGUAUGAAAGUUAGAAUUCCUUGUGGCACAGAUGUCUCGGGCCAAAUUAACAGUAGAAAAUCUGUUUGAAAGUUAAAAUACUUUGUAUUUUACAAACAAUUCUUGUUUUACAAAGGAUAGCUGUAAAUUAAUGUCAGUAAAAUGUUUAAAUACUUCAAACAAUAUUCAUAAUAAUGAAGUAUUUUAUUAAAAUGUUAAAAAUGGAAUGAAAAAACAUACUCUAUAAAAUUAUUGGGUAUAUUAUAUGUUUAAUAUUUAUGUUUAAAUAUUUAUAAAUAAUGCACAUAUACUUUCCUUUCAUUGUUUUGCAAGUUUAAGUCCCAUUACUGAACAUGUUUGACCUGUCAGCCAUAGUGGCAUUAUAAUAUGAUGGCCAGUCCCAUUAUUAAUAAGUAAAGAGUAGCCCAAGAGCUGGCAGUGGGUGGUGUUGACUAACUGCCUUCCACCUAGUCUAUCACUUCAAAUUAGGGAGUGCUAGUGCAGAUGGCCCUUGAGUAGCUUUGUGUGAAAUUCAUCAAUCAAACAAAACUUGCAUUGUUUGAUAGAGUGUACCACUUAAUAACUUUGUUAUAAACCUUACCUUGUUUUAGAAUGGUGGUGUGUGGCAUCUUAGCCAUAUAAGGUAUGGGCUACAAUAAAGCCAAGCCACAGGAACAAGGGUGAAUGUAGAUUUAGAUGAAAUGACAGUAAAGUUUAAGCUGAAGGUAGAACAAAAAGUUCAUGACAAAUCUCGCGUAUAUACCAACAAAUUUAUAGCCAAUAAAGUUAGAAACGCAUGUACAUAUGGUGUUGUAUUAAACUAAAACAUGAACAUCAACAUAGCACUGUAUCAAGCUAAAACUAAAACACUAAUACAGUUUUGUAUUAAGCUAAAAUGUGAACACUAACAUGGUGUUGUAUUAAGCUAAAACACAUGAACAUUGUGGUGUUGUAUUAUUUACAGCACCUGACAAAAUUAUAAAAGUACAAGGACAAAUUUUGAGGAGCAAAAGUCAAACAGCUAUGCACAUAAUAACAAUUAAUAUUCUUUCUUUAUCAAGUGAGAGACUUGCUGCAGGUGCUCCACAUCCAGAGCUAACUGAAGCCACAAAUUUCAUGUAGUUAACCCUGUAAAUAUCCAGUAGAAGAAUGGGUUGAGUAUAUUAUAUUAAAAGAUUUUGAAUAUUCAAUUUAGGAAAUCAUGUGCAAACUACAGCUAAUAUAAAGUCAUAGUAAAAUGACGUAUAUCAGAACAACGUUGUUUGGCAUUAUGUACUUAAUGUGAUGCCACUGAAAACUGAUUGCUUUUGAGAAGAGUAUGUAACAACCCUUGACAAUACAAAAUGUUCAUACACAGAGUCAUAAAGAUGUAUGUUCAGUUAAGGGCUAUUGAAUUUCUCAGAUGGGGAUAGUCUGUACACUUAGUGACACUGGAAAACAAAAAAAUAUGGAUCAACUUGGGACAAUGGGAGUGUCCAGAAAGAGGCCUGCGACAAAUCGUAUCUUAACCAUUAUCAACGUGUAUUAUCUUGUAACAGGUGAGAAUUCAUGAACACAAUGGAUAGUUGUAAAAGCUGUUCACUUGUUCCAGAUAACAUUAUGCAACACAAUCAAGUAGGACCUUCAGCUGGAAAAGUAACAUAAGUUGCUUCAACAGCAUAUCUGCAUUUGUACAACUUAUACAACUUAUAGUAGUAUAAGGCACCCCAUGUUUUCGACAGGUACACCUCCUACUUUUGCAGGAGCAAUUUAUGACAUCAAGCAGUUCUGGUGGUGCUGCAGGUUGAUUUGUUGGAAUUGGCAGAUAUUUUCCAUCCAUAAGGUACCACCCAAACUCAUCUGGCUUCAAGUUGGCAGAGUUCUCCUGCCACUCUAUAAUCUGAUGAAACACAAGGAGGCUGUGGUACCUAGCCACAGCUGAUGUUGGUGGUAGGGUUUGGACUUCAACAUAAGAUUUACUUUUAGAAACCUUCUCACAGAAUCUUCUAUAUUGUAAUGCAUCCAAUCCUUCUGCUAUGUCUAUGUAUGCGGGUUUUUUCAAAGCUGAAUGACAUCAAGCCAUCUACUGUGUCCACCAAGGGGAAUCGAACUCCUUAUUUUAGCGUUAAAAAUCCGUAGACUUAAAACUGUCCCAGCAGGUGUCUCUCCAUACAAACACACAAGUGACCUCUUUUCUACUUCAACAAUAUCCCUCUGAAUAACUGUGCUGUACUGAUCAAACACUUUAGCCUGCUGAUAGAACUGGUGAUUGGACAUUAUCUUCUUCACAGCAAUACCAUUUCCCAACCCAAACAGGUGAGAGAUUGUUACAUUCCAGAAUUGCAUGUAUGAACAACACAUUGUCACAGAUAAUGGCGCCCAGGUGCUGCUUAGAUUGUUUGAUGAACCACAUCCUGCUCUUUUUAGAAGUUUGCUUGCACUCUGGAGCCAGCACAAUUCAUGGCCAUUCAUCUCGGCAUGAUGAAGCAAAAGUACCAAUAAGUCUUUAUCAUCACCACCAAAAAUGGUGUCUUUGCUUCUAGCAGAUUUCACAACUGUUUGUACAAUCAAUAAUUCAGCAUCAUGACUUGCAUUAUCAGUGCUACAAUGAGCUCUGUCUAGCUUGUCACUGAGAUAAUAGAUGAAGUGAUGGUUGUUUGUUUUGUUCAAAAGUUCUUCCUUUUCUGACUGGAUUAUCAUUCCCCCUGUGAAGUGCACUGUCACACCUGAACAAGAAUCUGUUCUCCUAAGGUGUGUGGGACCCUCUUUGUAGCCAUCGAGGAUGAUGACACCCUUACCAUAUUUCUGUGUCACAUACCUAAUGCACAUGUCACACACAGUGUCAUAUCUGGAAUCUCAUGGCCAAUGAAGACCAUGAAGCAGAGCAUCACCUGCAAGGAUAUACUGAACAUUUUCUCAUGGUUGUUGUUGCACAUUCUAUUAUUUUUUUCAUUUUACGUGAUGUUUAAGUAACGUGAAAAAAUCAGUAAAUUGUGGUUUUUAGACUAAGUAUAUCUUAUAUAAUUAUGUAUCAUUUAAGGGUCUCAAAAGGUGCCCUUUGAAUGAGUAUUUCAAUCUAGAAGAAGAUAUUAUUCUACGUUAGAACCCAUACAAUUAUCUAUUCUGAAGUCCGCAGUAAUAAACAUACAGACGUUACUAAACAUUUAUCUACGAGGUAGCUCUAGUUGGAAUUGGCUCAUUUCUAUAUUUUAUACAAUGGUCAUCUGAGAAUUGUUGUCCUUAACUUUGAACUGAUAGACUAGAAGAAAAGCAGUUAGUCAACAACACCCACCGCCAACACUUGGGCUACUCUUAUCUGCUGAGAUUUGACUAUCGCAUCCACGGUUGUUGGUUCAACGUACGCGUAUUAUGAAUUAUUGGGUCCAUAGUCCAGGCACGCUAAUAACAGGGCUUACCGGCGGGUUUGGGAUUUUCAGCGCGUUUCAAAAUGACGGAGGCAAAUACUAUACUGUUAAAAUAAGAUUACCUACUGGCAUAUAAGUAUGAUACAUAGAAACAAAGCACGUUAAAUAGCAAAACAAUAAUAGAUGUUCUAUGACUAAACACCCAUCUUACUUUUAAUGCAAAUAUUUUUGUUUGCCCAUAAAAGUAGCUUUUCAUAUAACGUAGACUUACGGUACUACCAAGAUCUUUUAUAUAUGCCACUAUAGUUGUUUCAUUGUCUUAUCUGUAAUAAAGAGCAGACUUUUUAGUUCGUCAGCCUCGGAAAGCUCUUCAUUAAUGAAUUUGUUGUUUAAAACUCUCAGCUACGAGGAAGGCUCCUCUCAAGAGUCAUUUUCAUAUGCUCUUAUCUAAAUCGAUUUACUGACUUGGAGACCAAUAGGUGGCGCCAUCAUUGUAACAUGAUCUGAUAUUAAUGUGUUUCUACAACCAUAUGAUCUGAAAAUUAACUACAAGGAAGAAAUGGUAUUUUGAUAACGUAUUUUUGCUUAUAAACUUUCGUAGCUCGGUGGUUAGCACGCUGGACUAAGGAUUUGCAGGUUCAUUGUUCACGCACAACUACCGCAUUAUAAGGUGCGUUUUAAUGUCGACAGUCAAAUCUGUCGGACAAGAGUUUAUGUGGGGUUUUGUUGAUUGGCUGCCUUCCUCCUCUAGUCUAUCAGUUGCAAAUUUGAGACUCAAUCAAACAAAGCUCACAAAUUUAACAGAAUAAAGUUUCCAUUUUUAAAA